AUGGCUCUUACUCAGGAAGAAGCCCAGAAGAGGAGGAAGAGGAAAGAAAAGGAGUCGGGAAUGGCUCUUACUCAGAGACCUUUGACAUUCAGGGAUGUGGCCAUAGAAUUCUCUCAGGAGGAGUGGACAUACCUGGACCUUGCUCAGAGGGCUUUGUACAGGGACGUGAUGUUGGAGAACUACAGGAACCUGGUCUCCCUGGGAAUCUCUCUUUGUGACCUGGAUGUUAUCUCCAUGUUGGAGCAAGGGAAUGAGCUCUGGACUGUGGAGAGUGAAGUGAAAACAGCAAGAAACCCAGAUGGAGGGGAAUGGAUCAAGGGUGUGAACUCGGGUAAGAGCUCAGGUAUCUCUUCUAUAUGUAUGAUAAAUGAAUUGCCAUUUCCUAAACUGAACAGUUAUACAGGAGAAAUACCCCAAACAGUAAUGUUGGAAAAGCAUGAAAGCCAUGACAUAGAAGACUUCUGGUUUAGGGAAAUCCAGAAAAAUAUACAAAACUUUGAGUAUCAGUGGCGAGUUGCUGAAAGACAUUACCAAAGAGUCCAUAAGACACAUGAGGAAAAUCUCACUGGUACAAGAGAUCAGCAUGAUAUAAGGGAUUCAGGAUAUAAGUUUAUUAAAAAUGAGCUUGGAUUAAACUUUCAGUCGCAUCCAGCAGAACUACAGCUAUUUAAGGCUGAAGAGAAAAUUUAUGAAUGGAAUCACAUGGAGAACUAUAUCAGCAAUUAUUCCUUGGUUUCCCCACCCCACAGAAUUCCUUCUACUAUCAAACCCCACGUUUCUCAUGAAGAUGAGUAUGAUUUUAUGGAUUCACUAUUUACACAAAAACAGAAAGCACAUGUAGAGACAGAACAUUACAAAUGUAAUGAGUGUGGCGAAGCCUUUAAUCAAGGCUUACAUUUCACUGUACAUCAAAUAAUCCACGCAGAAGAGAAACGAUUUGAAUGUGCCGUAUGUGCCAAGGUCUUCAAUAAAAAAUCAUGCCUUGCAAGUCAUCGGAGAAUACAUGCUGGAGAAAAACCUUACAAGUGUAAUGAAUGUGGCAAGGUCUUUAAUACUAUUUCACAUCUUGUACAACAUCGGAGAAUACACACUGGAGAGAAACCUUACAAAUGUAAUGAAUGUGGCAAGGUCUUCAGUCAAAUUGCACACCUUGUACAACAUCGGAGAAUUCACACUGGAGAGAAACCUUACAAAUGUAAUGAAUGUGGUUCACACCUUGCGGAACAUCGGAGGAUUCACAGUGGAGAGAAACCUUAAAAUGAAUGUGGCAAGGUCUUCAGUCAAAUUGCACACCUUGUACAACAUCGGAGAAUUCACACUGGAGAGAAACCUUACAAAUGUAAUGAAUGUGGAAAAGUCUUCCCUCAAAUUUCACACCUUGCGGAACAUCGGAGGAUUCACAGUGGAGAGAAACCUUACAAAUGUAAUGAAUGUGGCAAGGUGUUCAGUCGUAAUUCAUACCUCGUACAACAUCUGAUAAUCCAUACAGGAGAGAAACCUUACAAAUGUAAGGAAUGUGGAAAGGGAUUCCAUCAAAUUUCACACCUUGCACAACAUAGGAGAAUUCAUACUGGAGAGAAACCUUACAAAUGUAAUGAAUGUGGGAAGGUGUUCAGUCAUAAGUCAUCCCUAGCAAAUCAUUGGAGAAUUCACACUGGAGAGAAACCUCACAAAUGUAGUGAAUGCGGCAAGGUCUUUAAUCAUAUUUCACACCUUGCACGACAUCGGAGAAUUCAUACUGGAGAGAAACCUUACAAAUGUAAUGAAUGUGGCAAGUUCUUCUGUGACAAGUCAAACUUAGCAAGUCAUUGGAGAAUUCAUACUGGAGAGAAACCUUACACAUGUAACGAAUGUGGUAAAGUAUUCAGUCGCAAUUCACACCUUGUAAAUCAUCACAGAAUUCAUACUGAAGAGAAAGUUUAUAAAUGUAAUUAAUGUGGCAAAGAGUUCAGUCAAACUUAACACCUGGCAAAAUAUCGGAGAAUUCAUGCUAGAGAGAAACCCUAUGAAUGUAAUGAAUAUGGAAAGGUGUUUCAUUACAUUUCACAUCUUGCAUAACAUCAGAGAAUACAUACUGGAGAGAAACCUUAUAAGUAUUAUGUCAAGAAGGAAUUUUAUGAUGAUGUGUGA